AUGACCAAUCAUCGUGAGUGGCUUACCGGAUUGAGGGAGUCUAGUGUACCCUACGUUCUGUUGGGCGAUGAAGGAAAACUGAGUGUGAAGGGGGAAGGAGAGUUGCUGCUCCAGGGAGAGUACGGGGAGCUGAAACUGGAGAAUGUGCUUUUAGUGGAGAAGCUGUCACUGAAUCUGAUCAGCCAAACUCAACUUGACAGCACGGGGUGCAAAACCUUCAGCGACAAGGGGAAGCUGUGGGUUUUCAAUGAGGAUUGGAAGGUGGUUGCAGAAGGGAACAGAAAUCAGGGGUUGUAUGAAAUGAAGCUGAGGAAGAAGGGGCUGGAGGAUGAGAAUGCCACCUACCUGCCAUCACUCGAAGGGGACCUAGCUAGGGAGGAGUUGAAGGCUCGGCUUGGUGGCUUACCAGUGAAGGAGCUGCAGCAGGAAGCUUCAGCCAUGGUGGUUGGGAUGGAGAAGGUGAAAUUGGAGACCUUGCACAGGCGCAUGGGGCAUGCAAGCAUGGAUAGGGUCAAGGAGUUGGUAAAAAAGGGCAUGGUAAAAGGAAAGGUCACGAUCACCCGGGAUGUUGUCUUCUACGAGGAGGUGAACUACCUGCAGUGGAAGGGAAUAGAGAAAGAGAUUGCAGCAGCAGGGACAGCAACUGCACCGGACAAGGUGGAGGAUCUUUUGGAGGAAAAGGAGAGUGAGGGAGUUGGAGAUGAAGGAGAUGAGGAGCUUGAAGAUGUGGAACGGGCAGAUUCAGUCGAUUGGGUGUGGGAGAAGGUACCAACCAGUGAAGCGGAUGAAACCAAUGGAGUGGAGAUAGCAGGGGAGCAGCCAAGCAAUGAAGUAGCUGAGGGUGGCAAUGAUGAAGUGGCUGGAGAAGAGGGAGAUGAAGAAUCAGCAGCUGAAGGAGAUAGUGAUCCUUGGAAGCUCCUAGAUAGUGAAGACAGCAAUGUCAAGAUGAGAGGGAUAGCGGACCUGCUUAAGGAAGGUGCCAUCAUCAUUGGAAGGGAAGUGAAAUCUGGAGAUGAGAAUGAGAAGGCAAAGGAGGAUCUCAGUGGAGAUGAGGCUGAAUCACCUACAGAGGAGUUGGGGAAAGGAAAGAGGGUGAAGAAACCAAACCCUCGGUAUGCGCAACUGCUGAUGACGUGCUGGAAGGACAUCCAUACCCACCUUCUACUCUCUGCCACAGCUACUGACCUAGUCUCCAAUGAAGGAAAAAAGUUCCAUCGCGACCUGCCCGACACCAAGGUGCAUGCGUGCGGCGCCUCCCGCAGCUCACACGUUCCCCUCCCCUUUCGAUUCUUCCCUCUCCCCAACCCAUCCCGCCCCCCCCCCACUCCGCCUGCCCAAUGCGAGCAGAAGUUCCAUCGCGACCUGCCCAACACCAAGGUGUAUGCAUACGGCGCCUCCCGCAGCUCGGCGCGCUACCCAGGCCCCGUGCUCGUCGCCACACGCGGCACCACCACCAAGGUCUGGCCGUUCCUCAACGUUCGGCGAGCGAUGCAUCGGAUUCGCAUGGUGAAUGCAGCCAACGCGCGCACGUAUAACCUUCCAAUUGGUUCUGACGGAGGCUAUCUCGCCCGUCCGCUGCGCCGCUCCUCCCUGCUUGUCUUCCCGGCCACGCGGCACGACCUGCUUCUUGACUUCAACGCUGCACCCGGAUGGUGCCGUGACAUCAUCAUUGUCAACAGCGCCAACAUUCCCUUCCCCAGGGGCCAGCCUCCUGACUGGUUCACGGGCGUGGUCAUGCGAUUCAUCAUCAACCAGGAGCCGCCUGUGAAGCCCCCUCCCUUGCCCGAGACGCUCUCGCACAUCCCCCCGGUGGACCUCUCCCAGGCAGUGAAGCAGCGUUUUCUCGCCGUAGUGUUUGUGAUUGACAAGGCGUUGCAUGAACCGACCGCCAUGCUUCUGGAUGGCAAGCACUACAUGGAUCCAGCCACUGAGAAGCCCAGAGUGGUGAGCAAGCAUAGACUACCCGAGGCAGUAGAGCAGCGUUUUCUUGCCAUAGGGUUUGUGAUCGACAAGGUGUCACAGAAACCGAGCGCCAUGCUGUUGGAUGGCAAGACCUACAUGGAUCCAGCCACUGAGAAGCCCAAAGUGGGAACUUCGGAGCUUUGGCACAUCGUCAACCCGAGCUUCGAGGCGCACCCCAUCCACCUGCACCUCAUACAGCACCGCCCCAUCUCCCGCCGUUCGAUCGACUCCGGCGGGCUAAUCAACGGCUCCUGUUCGCUCGAUCCCGCCUCCUCCAAGCCCAGCUGCUUCACUGGCCCGGCUCGGCCCGUGCCGCUGCAUGAGAGGGGGUGGAAGGACACCACCGUUGCAUGGCCGGAUAGCGUUCUCACCGUCUUUGUGCCGUUCAAGGGGCAGGUGAGAUGCGGUGCAGUGUGGUGGGGGGGGAGGUGGUUGGGUGGAAGGACACCAUUGUUGCAUUCCCAGUUAGUGUUCGCAGCAUGA